CAGCCGGCUGUACACAGCACACAUGGAGAACACGUGGUCUGUUUGCGCUGAGGCUUUUUGUCCCUGAGUGGGAUCCGUCUUCCAGCGCCGGAACUGAGGGAUCUACGGGAUACUGGGCCGCUGCCGACUGACAGGAUGGCGGUAGAAUUACAGGCGGUGGUGAUGGCGGUUUAUGGGGGGUCCCGGAUGCAGGACCUCACCACCAGUAUCCCAAAGCCGCGGCUUCCGGUGGGCAAUAAACCCCUGGUGUGGUACCCGCUGAACAUGCUGGAGCGGGCAGGAUUCGAGGAGGUCAUUGUGGUGACCACCAAGGAGGUGCAGAAAUACAUCCCAGACAUGAGAAUGAAGGUGGAGGUCGUGUGUCUGCCCGAUGACAAGGCGUCCGAGAUGGGGACGGCCGACUCUCUGCGCCACAUCUCCUCUAAGAUAAAGAGCGACGUCCUGGUAAUCGGCUGCGACCUCAUCACGGAAGUUGCUCUGCACGAAGUCAUUGACCUGUUUCGAGCUCACAAUGCCACGCUCACCAUGUUGAUGCAGAAAGCGCCGGAGCCCAGCGAGCAUGUUCCCGGGCAGAAAGGGAAGCAGAAGGCUGUGGAGGAGCGAGAUUUCAUCGGCGUGGACGACAGCGGCUCCCGACUCCUGCUUCUGGCCAAUGAGGAGGACCUGGACGAUGGUCUGGACCUGAAGAAAUGCAUCUUCCAGCGAUAUCCCCGAAUUCACAUGAAAAUGGGAAUGUUAGACGCUCACCUCUACUGUCUGCGGAAAUACGUGCUGGACUUCUUAGCCGACAAUGACUCCUUCUCCUCCGUCCGGCGGGAGCUGGUGCCGUAUCUCGUCAGUAAACAGUUCUCACAUAAGAAUGUAACCACGAAACAGACAAGAAAGCGACUUCUAUCGCAUCAUAUUGACCUCUCGCCCCUCCUAGACAUCUACAGUUAUAUACCGCGGGAUAGCCUCCUGGAAAUGGCCUUAGACAAGUCCAGCUGGAACGACCACCGGGGCGACAUGAAGGAGUCGUAUCAUGGCAGCCGCCUGCGCUGUUAUGUGCACGUGGCCAGUAGUGAGCUGUGCUGCCGGGUGAACAGCCUGGCCAUGUAUAUGGAGGCCAACAAGCAGGUGCCACAGAGCUCCAUCUGUAGUGAAGAGCCUCGCGUCCAUACAACGGCCGACAUCGCGGAUAAGCUCAUGGUGGGAACAGACAGCAUGAUCGGGGAACAGACGAAGAUCGGGGACAAGACGUCUGUGAAGCAUUCAAUUGUGGGCGCCAACUGCGUCAUCGAAGGGAGAGUGAAGAUCACAAACUGCAUCAUCAUGAACGACGUCACGAUACAGGACAGUUGCAACCUCCAGGGAAGCGUCAUCUGUAACAAGGCCUUCAUCCACAGCGGCGCCGAUAUUAAAGAUUGCCUGCUCGGCUCGGGUCUUCAAAUCAAUAGUAAAGAAAAACGUGUAAAUGAGAUCAUUGUGGGGAACGAGCAACUAAUGGAGAUCUAGUGUCGCCCCAGAAGAAGCCCCGCCCUCCCGCCACUCCCUCCCCCACCAACCAGACUUAUUUAUAUGAUAAUAAAGGAUUGGGAGGUUUGUUA